GUUCGCUGCGUGUGGGGUGUUUUUCUGUUAGUUGUGUGUGGAGUAUGACUCAAAAGAUGAGUUAAAAUUCGUUGAAGUGUAUAAAAAACAAGGUUUAGCGUGCAGUUGGGCGUGCGUUUGCGAUUGAGAAUGGUUUGGAUUUACGCGCGGAUUAUCUAAUUGCAUGUUUUUAACGCGGACAACAACGAAGAGAGUCGAAGAAAGUCGAAUUAGUAGGGUACACCGCAAACGGUUGUGAAAGAGAGGUUAGGUUGGCGUUUUGCUCCUGUUCAAGGAUGUUUUUUCUGUUAAGUUAAUCACAAAUUAUGUUUGUAUCUAUAAUUUAUGUGUAAAUAAAUAAAUCAGUGGAAAAAAAUGGUGCAACGACCGGUUGCUCCUCGUCGGAAUGUCAGGAUACUCCUGAUUGGUGAUCAGGGAGUCGGCAAAACUUCCUUAAUCCUUUCUUUAGUGAGUGAAGAAUAUGCUGAGGAUGUUCCAAAUAAAGCUGAAGAAAUAACAAUUCCUGCAGAUGUUACUCCAGAACAAGUUCCGACUCAUAUUGUUGAUUAUUCUGUUUCUGAACAAACAGAUGAUCAACUCAAGGAAGAAAUUCAAAAAGCUCAUGUAAUAUGUGUUGUUUAUUCGGUUGAUGAUGAUGAUACAUUGGACCGUGUAGCAAGUCACUGGUUACCACUAAUAAGAAAGUGUUCAACAACAAAUAAAUGCCCUGUGGUAUUGGUUGGAAAUAAAAUAGAUCUAGUAGAUUAUUCUAAUAUUGAGGCUGUAUAUCCUAUAAUGAAAGAAUUUUCAGAAAUUGAAAGUUGUAUCGAGUGUUCAGCUAAAACGUUACAAAAUAUUUCAGAAAUGUUUUACUAUGCACAAAAAGCUGUACUUCAUCCUACUACUCCAUUGUAUAAUUAUGAUACGCAAGAGCUAACCGAGGAAUGUAAAGCAGCUCUUCAAAGAAUUUUUAAGAUAUGUGACUUUGAUAAUGAUGGAUUGUUAAAUGACAUGGAACUCAAUGCUUUCCAACAAUCAUGUUUCAAUACACCUCUUCAACCGCAAGUUCUUGAAGAUGUAAAGGCAGUUCUUUCAAAAAAUAUUCAAGAUGGUAUUUGUAAUGGUUGUGUUACUAUGAAAGGUUUUAUGUAUCUACAAUGUUUAUUUAUUCAACGAGGGAGGAAUGAAACAACAUGGGCAGUUCUGCGAAAGUUUGGAUAUGAUAAUGAAUUGCAAAUGUCUAAGGAAUACAUCCAUCCUCCCUUGAAAGUUCCCCAUGGCUGUACAACAGAACUUUCUCAUAAAGGACAGGAAUUUUUAACAAUUUUAUUUAUGCAGCAUGAUAGAGAUCGUGAUGGAGCUCUUUCACCAUCAGAACUCGAAGCUUUAUUUUCUCGCUGUGUUACACCACCGUGGGGUGAUGAGUACAAACAUACAGUAGCUACAAAUGAAAAGGGGUGGAUAACCUAUCAGGGGUACAUGUGUCAGUGGGCUCUUUUAACUUUAACCAAUGUUCGCAAAACACUAGAAUAUAUGGCAUAUCUGGGCUAUAAUAUGUUCAAUGAUGAAUGUCAGACAAGUGCAAUCACAGUGACACGAGAAAAAAAACUGGAUCUUGCUAAAAAGCAAUCCAGCCGUAACGUAUACACUUGUCAUGUGAUCGGACCAAAAAGUAGUGGAAAAACGACUUUGUGCAGGAGUUUCAUUGAUCCAAAACUUGAAAAAUUAACUGAUGACAAAGUUCCAACUAAUGCUAAUGUAGCAGUAAACACUGUUCACGUUUAUGGACAGGAAAAAAUCAUUAUCUUACGAGACAUAAAUAUUAUGAAUGUCCAAGAUGCCUUGACUCCCGCACAAAUUCAAUGUGAUGCAGCAGCUCUUGUUUAUGAUGCAAGCAAUCCCAGAUCAUUUGAAUAUAUCGCGCGAAUUUACAUUAAAUAUUUUGCGGACAGUAAAAUUCCAGUAUUGAUCGUAGCAAACAAAAGUGAUUUAUCAGAAGUAAAGCAAGAUUAUUUACUUCAACCGCCAAGUUUCUGCAACAAAUAUAAACUGAUGCCACCACAACCCUACAGUGUUACGCGAACUGUAAGACCAGAAAUUUUUGUUAAACUUGCAACGAUGGCAGCUUUUCCCCGCUUUCAAGCAGCGUGGGUAUUAUUUUACAAACACAGCCAUUUACGGCGUAUGGUCCACGUGUUGCUUGACAACUCUUCACCAACUCGGUGGUGGAGUUCCUUUAAAAGGCACAUGAAACAGUUUGGACUCAUUCAAGGAGAUUCAGUGGUUUGGUGGAAAGCUGGUCUAGGAAUAGCGGCAGCUACUGUUGCUGGAUUUAUGAUGAUGCGAGUUUUCAAUACAGAAAAAAGAUAGUCUACCAUUUGAUUUUGUUCUUCUCUUGAACGUACCACUUGUUUAAAACUCAACUCGUAAGCACGAUUAAGUUAAUAAAAAUAUUGUUCCCUACAGCUUCA